GGAAUUUCCUGACCGCUUCUCACAUUUGUUAAAACAACAGCUUAAACACAGCUUUUCUUCCUCAACUUUUAAUUUAAAAAAAUUUUUUUUCUCCUCAAAAAUGAUUCAUAUUUUAAUUUCUGUUGAUGAUGCUGCACAAUUUGGACGUUCUCCAAGACGCUUUGCUAAUUUAAGGCAAAGUAAGGCAUCUACAGGAUUAAAACAGACACCUAUAAUUUCGACUAAACCAGUAAAACAAUGUACAUCGUCUAAUUCGGAUUCUGGGAAAUCUGAAAAGAACAACAAAUAAUUAUUAAAUUUUUGUUUAUGAAAUUUCCAAACAACCAUAAAAACCU